AUGUUCUCUUCGAAGGUUGCCCAGCAGUCGCUGCGACGGCUUGCCGUCCAGCAACCGCUCCCUAUGCAGGCCUCUAUGAUGCGUGCCUCCCCGGCCGCUGUUGCCCUUGGAAAGGGUAUCCAGUCGAGACCCGUUACCUCGUCCCCCAACACUGAGGACCCUACGCAGAUCCUCGCCAAGCAGCGUCUGAACCGCCCGGUCUCCCCCCACCUGUCCAUCUACAAGCCCCAGAUCGGUUGGAUCGGUUCCUCCCUGCACCGUAUCUCUGGUGUCGCCCUGUCCGGUCCCCUCUACCUGUGGGCCACCGCCUACCUAUUCUCCCCGGCUCUGGGCUGGCACUUGGAGUCCGCCUCCAUGGUUGCCGCCAUGGGUGCUCUCCCCGUUGCCGUCAAGAUCGGUCUCAAGACCAUCCUGGCCCUCCCCUUUACCUACCACAGCAUGAACGGUAUCCGCCACCUGACCUGGGAUCUGGGCAAGGGUCUCAGCAACAACGCCAUUAUCAAGUCCGGCUGGACCGUCAUCGGCCUGAGCGUCACUAGCGCCAUCGCUCUUGCCUUGCUCUGA